CUAAUCCCACGUCAAGAGAGAACUACUUUGAAAACAGUCUCCGACUCGCGAGGAAAUGCAAGAGGGAUUUCCCGCUCAAGGCAUUCACACAAGACAGACAUGCGACUUCCAUUGGUAGAGUUUCUCAUCCAAUCCACCCAGGAGCUCGACGUCGGUCAGAUUGUCAAAUACGCCGCAUUGUCACUCUUCGCUGAUCGCUUCUAUCCCUCUCUGUCCAGGUCUGCACAAGGCAAUGACAAGGCGAAUUGGCUUUUGCAACCAGUUAGAGAGAGCAAUUUGCAGUUGUUUGCACUUAUUUCUAUAUGGAUCUCAAGCAAAAUACAUGAUUCUUGUCCACUGCCUGUAAAAUGUUUGAAGUUUUUGGGAGACACAACUAUCAAGGAACAACAUUUUACGACUCGAGACUUCUUAGAAGCAGAGGUGGUCUUUUUGCAGGUAUUGGAUUUUGAGAUUGGUACGGCAAACAAUGCUUUCGUAUUCUUUGAAGAGCUUUAUAUUCAGUUCAAGGGAAUAGCAAAGGUUGGAGAAUUGUUGAACUUUGAAGCAUGCAUGGAUAUCAUGGACCUUGUAUAUGAAAAGGAGGAAACAUCACUUCUUCAUAGUUCUCGUUCGCUUGCUGCUUCAAUCUUGGCAUGUUUUUCUAUUUAUUUCAGGUUGCUUCAUACGUCAUUACAGUCCCUAAAAAGAAGUGGGAGUUUCCAGUUCUUCCUUGGGGUCCAUUGGAUGAAUGGAAAGAUUGUUACCAAAGUUGCUAGUGAGUUUGACUCCAGAAAAUGUGAUAUUGCAAAGUUGUGAAGUGAAGUUUGUAACCUCAUGCGAGGAAGAGCAUAUUAUAAAGAUCGUAACCGACAUUCUCAGGCAUGUAUUUGGGCCUUCUUGCUUGCUACAAGGUACUGGAUUUUAACCAGAAAGCACUAAACACUUAUGGAUACGUUGUAAAGCUACUUAGAUUUUACCGUGUUGAGGUCUUUAUCUGUUAAAGUUGAUGUAAAGAUGAGCCCAGGAAACCAUGGAGAAAAGAUGGUGGAGUGCCAUUCAUUCAUUUCCAGAAAGUACUUUGUGGCACUUUAUGAGCUAUGGGCUCUACCACACGACCAGUUGAUUCCAUAGAUAAAGUUCUUUAAUUUCCAGUGUCUUGUGGUGGGGGCCCUUUGGGAUCAAGGGAGAGAUGCCAAAACUUUUUACUUGGCUGGUAUGGGCACCACCGCACCGUACGUGGUUUCUGUUGUAAUUUCUUGGUUGUUCUCGAUUCUCUCGGUAAAGGCUAUGCAUGUCUUCUCUCAGUUGAAA